AGCUUUGAUUUGCCAGCCUCGUAUCGUUCGCAAACUGCAGUAUAGGUAUAUAUAUAGUUAUAUUAGGUGUACAUGCCAUGUACUAACUACACUGUACAGUGUAUGUAUACACCUAUCUAACGAAAAUACACGCGCUGCACUGAAAUUAUACAUAACUGCGCAUUUAAAAGCGGAGUAGACGUGCGCAUACACGUGCGCAACAGCUCGACGUGAUAUAUAUAUAUAUAUAAAUGCUGCACAACGUAUAUGCGAGAUACGCAAUAAUUCUCCCCGAUUUUUUUUCAUUCGUCUGCAAAAACUUGAAAAUCGCGACUCGUCUGUCCGAUCGUCAUCUGUUGACUUGUGAUCGUUGGAUACAUAUAAGUAUGUAGCGACUGAUAAAUAAUCUAAUCGCAAUAACGCAGUUUUCAUAAUCUGAAAGAAACAAGAGCAUUACACACGCAGCGCAGGAUUCAAGAUCAUUCCAUUCCUCCCAUCUCUCAACCUCCCCACUUUUGUUUACUACCUGUAUAUACGCGAAAUCUCACCUCCCAUUCUAUAUACCCACUGACCACAUACUAUACAGUCUGCUGCUGUUCUUGGAUCAGCUGUGCUGUGGCUCUCUAUAAGCUGUUCUCUGCGCUCUGCUUUCAACACUGCAGACCUCGGACAACGACGACGUUUACCAACGCGUCGAGCUGCGUCGCGCUGACAUGACUCUGCCUGUGUUUUCUCCUCGCGAUUGAUUUCCUAAUUUGGCCCUUCUUUGUUUUGUGAAUCCGGACGGAAUUUUCGUUCUGCUGCCACGCACAUCCACCCAAACACGCACUCAUUGUUCUUCUGCUGCUGUUGCAUGGUUGUUUUGCUAUCCGCGCAGUUGCCUCUCGACCUGGACCUCCUCUCCGUAGCGCGGCUCAUGAGGUAGCGCAACGAGCUUCGAGUUGGUAGGCUACAGUAAAGCACGAUUCCAGCCGUCACGAUGUCGGACAUAAAGAGCUUGGAGCAUCCCACACUGAAGGUGCCAUACGAGUUGCUGAACAAAAAGUUCCGCUCAGCCCAAAAGACGCUGGACCGAGAGGUAUCGCAUGUUCAAGCAGCUGCUAAUGAGUUCGAGAAAAUAGGUCUGAGAGGAGAGGGAAAGGGUGUUCCAACAGGAGAUAUAACUCGUCUGUUAGGUGGUGUGGUGGCCAAAUUGCAGGUGUUGAAGAGGAAGGCACAGGAAUCCAUUGCAGAGGAGUUACAGGCUGGAAUGGUUUGUAAACGACGGUUGGAUCACCUGAAAGAACAUGCAAACACAACUCCCAGUGCGGUUAAUCAGUGGAGAAGGCAGAGACUGGAUCGAAUGCUGGUGGAAUAUUUCCUGCGCAAGGGAUACUACAAAACUGCCAUGAAACUUGCUGACACUAGUGAUCUCAGAGAUCUGACAAAUAUAGAUGUCUUCAUGGUCUCAAGAGAAGUGGAAAAGUCACUAGCAAAUCACGAAACUACCAGAUGUUUAAACUGGUGUCACGAUAAUCGUUCUAAAUUAAGAAAACUGGGCAGUACUAUGGAAUUUAAUCUACGUGUUCAAGAAUUCAUCGAACUUGUACGCUCGGAUCGAAGGCUAGAUGCUGUGAAGCAUGCCCGUAAAUGUUUUGCAAACUAUGAAGAUUACCAGUUGCAAGAAAUACAAGCAUGCAUGGGUCAGCUGGCAUUUCCAGCAGAUCCACAUCACAGUCCAUACAAAGAUUUGUUGGACGAAAAAAGGUGGGACAGAUUGAUAGAACAAUUUCGCCAUGAAAAUUACAGACUUUUCCAAUUGGCUAGUCAAAGUGUCUUCACAGUAGCAUUACAAGCUGGCUUAUCAGCUCUCAAAACCCCACAGUGUUACAGUGGAAAUAAAGAGGGCAAGAAUCCCAGUUGUCCAGUGUGCAAUGAGACUUUAAAUGAACUUGCAACUCCUUUGCCAUAUGCUCACUGCUCACAAUCAAGACUGGUAUGCAGUAUCAGUGGUAAAGCCCUCAAUGAAUAUAAUCAACCCAUGAUGAUGCCAAACGGCUAUGUGUACGGUGAAAAGGCUCUGGAAAAAAUGGCACAGGAAAAUAAUGGCACUGUGAUCUGUCCAAAGACCAAAGAAGUAUUUCCUUUUAAGAAAAUUGAGAAAGUUUACGUCAUGUAAGGCACUGGAGCACAAGUUGUAUUAUACACAUUUAAAUCUCUCUCUUAAAUCACGAUAGCGUAAGAAAUUUCGAGUAUGUAGAAUAUCAUUUAUAAUAAUAACUUGUAAACAUAACUGUAAAAAAUUAUCACGUAAAAAUAAAGUAUAUUUUCCAGAAA